CAUCUCUUUUUCUCUUUCUUUCUUCUUUUCUUCUUUUCUCAAACAGCAGCAGUUCAAUCGACUAAAUUACCUUACAGAGCCUAUAAUAUAAUAAAAGCUUAAUAAUAAUGUCAGCACUCGUCUACACACCCAAGGAAGACCUUAUUCCUAUCGUCAACAACCUUCGCCAGCAAUUUAACACGGGCAUUACAAAGAAUAUCACUUUCCGCAAACAGCAGCUCAAAAACCUUAUUCGCUUUGCCGAAGAGAAUAGCGAGGCUAUUGAGGCAGCCUUGUGGAAGGAUUUGCGCAAGCAUAAGAUGGAGUGUGGUGUCGGUGAAAUUUCUCCUAUUGUCGAUGACUGCCACUUUUUGAUCAAAAACUUGGACAAAUUCAGCAGCCCUACUUACACCAAGAAGCGAUUCUUAAUGAACGCAGCCGAUAAAACUUACAUUCGUAAAGAAGCCAAGGGUGUUGUCCUUGUCAUUGGUGCAUGGAACUAUCCUAUCAAUCUCCUACUUAUGCCCGUUGUUGGUGCUAUUGCUGCAGGAAACUGUGUUCUGAUAAAGCCUUCCGAGGUUUCUCAACACACUGCCGAAUUGAUCGCUCGUGUCUUGCCUAAAUACCUUGACGAGCGCGUCUACACUGUCGUAAAUGGCGGUGUUGAUGAAACAACAAUUUUGCUUGAGCAAAAAUUUGAUCAUAUCUUCUACACUGGUAACGGAAUGGUAGGAAAGAUUGUCAUGACCGCCGCUGCCAAGCACCUUACUCCAGUCACUCUUGAAUUGGGAGGAAAAUCACCUGCCAUUAUUGCACCCGAUGCUGAUCUUGCUGUCUCGGUCAAUCGUCUUAUAUGGGGAAAGUUCUUCAAUAACGGACAGACAUGUGUUGCACCUGAUUACGUAUUGAUUACAAAAGAUCGUGUCGAACCUUUUAUUGAGGCCGUGCGCAAAACCUUGAUCGAGUAUUAUGGAGAUGAACCUCAAAAGUCGGGAUCUUACGGCCGUAUUGUCAGCAACCGUCAAUUUGAUCGCCUCAAGGGUUUACUCGAUCAUUUUGAUCAAAAGUCUAUUGUUAUUGGCGGACAGACCGACAGGGAUGAUCUUUUUAUUGCACCAACUAUCAUUUCUCCUGUAUCUCCCAACGAUGCUCACAUCAUGCAACAGGAGAUCUUUGGUCCUAUCCUUCCCAUCAUCCCUGUUGAAGAUAUGGAUGAAGCUAUUGAAGUAGUAAACACAAGAGAUCAUCCUCUUGCUAUGUACAUCUUCUCAUCAAAGGCAUCGACAUACAAUAAGAUUCUUGACAGAACAAGCUCUGGCGGUGUACUUGUUAACGACACUUUGAUGCAUCUCCAAGAGCUUUCUUUGCCAUUUGGUGGUGUUGGUCCUUCUGGUACUGGUGGAUACCACGGAAAGGCUUCUUUUGAUAUCUUUACCCAUGAGCGUUCGACUAUGGUCAAAUCUGCUGCCAUGGAGAGCCUCAACUCCACAAGAUAUCCUCCUUAUACAAACGACAAGUACAAACUCUUGUCAUUCAUGGUCUAUGGUUUCCCAGCCUCAAUUGGUGCCAAGAUCAAGACUUUCUUUGCUGUAUUGGUUGUCAGUUACAGAAUCUUCUUAGGGAAGGAAUCCGAGUAGACGGAUUUUCUUUUUCCUCCCGAUUUAUUCAAUUUUAUUCCUUAUUUUAUUUUAUUCUAUUUUAUUUUAUAAUAUACAUAUACAUAUAAAAAAUAUUAUUAUCCUUCAUUCAAAAAAAACUUUAAGACAACAUCUUUAUAUUGUAUAACAUUAACGAUUAUUAUGUUUAUUAAAUGUAUUCCAUACUUGGGCCAAUCUCUUUAUUUAUAUAUUUGUAUAUUAUUCAUUAUUUGGCAGUAAUCAAUAAGUAUUUUAUAUACUACUGCUUAAUGCCUUGUAGUAAAGUAAGAAAAAAAAAUAGUACAGAAAUUCAAAUCAUAUUCGAGAGGCUUCAAUGAAUAUAUUUAUCAUUAAAUCUCAAAAGCUUAUACAAAGUG